AAAUAAAAUAAAAUUACUUUUCGUUAUAUAGUUCUUUUUGCGGCUUCACAGAAAAAAAAAAAAAGCAACAAAUCUAAAAACGUCAAUUAUUAAUUACUACGAAGAUAGAACUUUACACCAAUACUGGAUAUGUUCACUGCUUCUAGGAACAACAACGGUGGUAAUGGACCCCGUGACAAUGUACCGGUUCCAACGAUACGAUUGGAAGGCGAAGAUAUAAAUGAAGAAGAUGAUAAAGAAACCCCAAAAUCACCAUUCACCCCUCCAACCAAGAAAUCCAUAGCCAAUACUUUAUUCCCAGCUCCAAAUUCAAUACAGAGAUCCUUAGGAGAACGACGUAAGGUUGUGUUGAAGCCAGGUCAUUCACCAUUAGAUUGGGGGGCAUUGAAUAGAAAGACUCCUAAACAUAUCUUACGAGGAGUCCCUGCAAAUACUCCUCCACCUCAAAUCAUCAAGAUUUCAAAAGAUGAAUUAAAGAAACAUAAAGUUCAACAUGAUUGUUGGACUUGUAUAAAUGGUAAAGUAUUCAAUAUCACUCCUUAUAUAGAUUUCCAUCCUGGUGGAGUGGAAGAAAUUAUGAAAUGUGCUGGUAGAGAUGGUACAGCCUUGUUUUAUAAAUAUCAUAGUUGGGUUAAUGUGGAUAGGAUGUUAGAAAAUUGCAUGGUUGGUAUACUAGGUAAUUGAAUAGAAGUUUAAGCUUUAUAGAUGCUUGUUGUUAAGUUUAUUUAUACACAUAUAUAUAUACGGUCAAAGGUG